CUCUGGGAUCGGCUGCUACUGCCUGUUUCCCUCAGGCUGCUGCAGCUGGAGCGACAUGUUAGGAGGGGAGCGGGCGGCGGCGGCGGUGGUGUGUGCACGGCGGGACCGAGCGAGGCCAGGGCGCCGCACCGACAGGACCAGCAUGACCUCGCCAGCGAGGUACUGAGCAGCGAGAAGCCGCCCGGAGUGAGGCAGAAGGACAGUGACGGUGCUCUGGGCUGGGACAAGAUGGCAGAGGCCGGAGCGAGCUGAGUAUGCAGAGGGGCCCCGCGCACUGCCUGACAUGUCCGGCACAGCCCUGCACGCUGCACCUCCUCCUGCUCUAUGAAGGUAUGGCCUCACAAGUCUUGGUGUACCCACCAUAUGUUUAUCAAACUCAGUCAAGUGCCUUUUGUAGUGUGAAGAAACUGAAAGUAGAACCAAGCAGUUGUGUGUACAGUAAGAGGAGCUAUCCACGCACCGACCUGAAUGCUAGAAACCUUGGAUUUGCACAUCCAUCCAACAAGAGUAGGGCUCCUUUGCAGACAAAGAAUCUAUCUGACAGACCUCGCCAGCAGACUGCUGCAUCCCAGACCACCAGCGCAGCCACAUUAAAAACCACCACAGGUGCUCCAGGGGACCCAGCAGCGCAGGCGCAGCCAGAUCCAGAAGAGAGACCGGAUAGCGCGUCGGAUUUGCUGGACACGCAUCAGCGAUGUGGAUUGAAGCGUAAGAGUUUAGGGUUGGAGAACCAGGGUGGCACCAUGCAGAUCGUUGACGAAUUGCCCGUGUUGCCUGCUAUGCUGCCUGGCAAUGCAGCAAACCCAGUAACUGUCGUGGCAACCACAGGAGCUUCAAAGCAGAAUGGGGCUAGUGUGGAUGGAGACUAUCAGUUGGUACAGCAUGAAGUGUUGUGCUCGGUUAAAAAUACGUACGAAGUACUUGAUUUUUUGGGUCGCGGAACCUUUGGACAGGUAGUCAAGUGCUGGAAAAGGGGUACAAAUGAAGUUGUGGCAGUGAAAAUUCUAAAGAACCAUCCUUCUUAUGCACGCCAAGGUCAGAUCGAGGUGGGCAUCCUUGCCAGGCUGAGCAGUGAGAACGCAGAUGAGUUUAACUUUGUGCGUGCAUAUGAAUGCUUUCAGCACCGGAGUCACACCUGUUUGGUUUUCGAGAUGUUGGAACAGAACUUAUAUGACUUCUUAAAGCAAAACAAAUUUAGCCCUCUGCCCCUGAAAGUCAUUAGGGCCAUCCUGCAGCAGGUAGCUACUGCACUGAAAAAACUUAAGAGUCUUGGUUUAAUCCAUGCUGACCUCAAACCAGAAAACAUUAUGCUGGUGGAUCCUGUUAGACAACCAUACAGGGUGAAAGUAAUAGACUUCGGCUCUGCUAGCCAUAAAUCAAAGACUGUUUGCUCGACCUAUUUGCAGUCUCGCUACUACAGAGCGCCUGAGAUAAUUUUGGGGUUGCCGUUUUGUGAAGCCAUAGACAUGUGGUCGCUGGGCUGUGUGAUCGCCGAGCUGUUCCUCGGAUGGCCGCUAUACCCAGGAGCAUUGGAAUUUGACCAGAUCCGAUACAUUUCCCAAACUCAAGGGGUGCUAGGAGAACAUCUGUUAAACGUGGGUACAAAAACGUCCAGAUUCUUCUGUCGUGAACAAAAUUCUCAAUACCCUGCCUGGAGGCUAAAAACCUUGGAAGAGCAUGAAGCUGAAACAGGGAUGAAGUCUAAAGAAGCCAGGAAGUAUAUUUUCAACAGUUUGGAGGACAUAGUGCAUGUGAACAUGGUGAUGGAUUUGGAUGGUAGCGACUUGAUGGCCGAGAAAGCAGAUAGGAGAGAGUUUGUGGGCCUGUUGAAAAAAAUGGUGAUGAUUGAUGCCGAUGUGAGAAUCAGUCCGGAUGAAGCCCUCAGCCACUCCUUUGUUACCAUGAAGCACCUCCUUGAUUUUCCCCACAGCAACCAUGUGAAAUCGUGUUUCCAUAUAAUGGAUGUUUGCAAGUCUCGUCACAACGUAUGUGAUACAGCUAACCGCAAUAAGACAUCAGUCAUGAGACCUGUCGCCUCAGCCAACGCGGCUAACGUUUCAGCCGGUUUCACCAAAAUUGGCAAUGUCAGGGGUCAGGCUUUAACAACAUCGGGGCAUUCAGUCAUACACCACGGGAUACCAGUGCAGGCAGGAACUGCUCCGUUUGGUUGUAACGACGCUUUUCAGCAGACUCUAAUACUUUGCCCCCCCACCAUGCAAGCUCACGGACUCCAUUGUAAUCAAACCAUGCCGUUCAUUCUUGCAGGAAUCCCACCAAACCACGGCAAGCCCACAAGUUACUCUGUGAGAGUAGAUAAUGCAAUGCCCCUAGUUACACAGGCUCCGCCCAUGCAGCCCCUGCAGAUCAGACCAGUCCUCUCCCAGCACGCAUGGUCGAAUGGAACACAUCCAAUACUGGUUCCAGCCUGGCAACAGGUGACAACUGUGGCACCGACAACUACAACUCUCGCCUCUGAUACCAUGGCUGGACCACAAAGAAUCGGAGACUGGGGGAAGGUCAUUCAGCACGGAAACCAUUACAGUUCAAUGAUUUUGCAGCCUCUUUUAACCAACCAAAUGACACUGUCGGGCCCCCAGCCCAUCAGUUUAGGCAUCGCACAUGUAGUGUGGCCUCAGCCUGCUGCUAAUAAGAGGAAUAAAGUUUGUCAAAACAGGAGUAACACAAUACCGGACACUGCUGUCCACAGUAAAGCACUUAUCUCUCCAAAGAUCUCAAACAGCGCAAAGACCACAGAGCCCGAAAGUAGUGCAUUACCACAGGACAAUCAGAGCUCAGAGGAACAGGAAGGUGAUUCUUGUAAGGCACCCGAACAGCCGACUGUAGAUGUUUCCACUCAGCAGAGGCAAACGAUUGUAAUAGCGGAUUCGCCGAGUCCCACAGUGAGUGUCAUUACCAUCAGCAGUGACACAGAUGAGGAGGACUCCGCACAGACGCACUCACUGAGAGAGUGCAAAGGUAGCCUGGACUGUGAGGCCUGUCAGAGUACGCUGAACAUUGACAGAGUGUGUUCCCUGAGCAGCCCAGACAGCACCCUCAGCACCAGUUCCUCAGGCCAGUCCAGCCCAUCUCCCCGCAAGAGACCCAACAGCAUGUCGGACGAUGAGCCUGAGAGCGGCUGUGACACAGUGGAUGGAUCUCCGAGUUCCGAUUCCUCUGGCCACGACAGCCCAUUUGUCAAGAGCAGCUUUGUCAGGGACACCAAUCAGAACCCAGAAACACGGGCCUCAGAGAAAGUGGAAAGUAAACCGGCAGUCUGCACCUUAGUAGUUCCACCUAUCAGAAUUGAAAACCGCAGGCUCAAUUCCCAUCGCACCACCAACAAAGAUGCCGCUUGCCAUCCAUUAAUAAAAGGUCGGUCAGGUCCAGGGAGAAAGAACCAUCCCACGGCCCUGGGGAACAGACAGCAGAAAAUGACAUCAGCAUUCCAACAGCAGCAGCCUCUGAGCUUCAGUCAGGUGCAACAUUUUGGGUCUGGGCAUCAAGAAUGGAACGGAAACUACGGGCGCAGGAGACAGCAAGCGUUCAUCGCACCCACCGUCACCAGUCAUCCUUUCACCCUUCAGCACGGGAGUCCCAAUCACAGCGCAGUGCAUGCUCACCUUGGGGGGCAGCCUGCUAUUCUUUCCUACCCAGCCUCCGCCACGAUGAGCACAGCGCCAGUGGCCCACCUCCUUGCCUCUCCUUGUACCUCAAGGCCAAUUUUACAGCACCCGGCCUACAAUCUGUCGCACCCAGGCGGCAUCAUUCACCAAGUGGCAGUGGGCAUCAACCCCAGGCUUUUGCCUUCUCCAACCAUGCACCAGACUCAAUACAAACCGAUUUUCCCAUCUCACUCGUACAUCGCUGCCUCGCCUGCGUUUACAGGAUUCCCAAUGAGCCCAACGAAACUCAACCAGUAUCCGUACAUGUGAGAACUCGAGAACCCCUAGAGGAAGCUCAACGAUUCAAGCAAUUUCUUUGAAUCAGAAUUUACGAAUAACACAAAAAAACAAACAACACAUGGCUUUUAAUAAAACGUUCGCCAUGGCACAAGAGAAAGGAGAAUAUUUUUUUGAAUCAUGUAGACUUGGGUGCAAUUUAAAACAAUCUUGAGCUUUAAAGAAAAAAAAACUAUUGAAAAAAGAAAAAAAAAUCACUUUUAAUGUGUUUUGCACAUUUGGUAUAAAUUGUCUCUGGUCCUGCUCUCUUCUAUAGUAACUCUAGACAGGUGACUUACAGGAGCAGAAGUUCACUCUCUCUCCUGCUAUUUUUUUAUACAAUUGCCUUCUAACUAGUGCAAGACACGUUUUCGGUAAGCCAUUCAGUGUACAGGUUUAGCGCAACAAAUGCACAUCAUGUCAGUAGUAACCGGUGUACUUGUGUAAGUUCGUGUUCUGUAUGUCUUGGUGUUUCAGUGUUGGGUCACUUGGCUACUGUCACAUCGCAUGUGUCUUUUGCAUGGGCAGAUGGAAAACAGAAGUUGCCUAGACUGUGCUAUUCAAUGUCGUCGUCCUAAUAAUCCGCUGCAUUGUAAACUGUUCCCACACAUAGUGCCUUAAAUAUUUGAGGUUGUUAAUGUUAUUACUUAAUAUAUUAAUGUCAAGUUCAGCACUUAAAACUUCAAAACUGCUGAUAUAUAAAUAUCUAUUUUUCCGAAUAACUUGAGUAUUUGCUCAGUUAGGGCUUUGUUAAUUUGUUUUGUUUGGUUGUGUGGUAUGAUUUUCGGUUUCGGUGUUUUCCUUACCAACAGAACAGCAUGUUUUCUUUGCUGUAGAUGAAUUAUAGUGUCUGGUUUUUUCAGAAUGACAUAGAUAUUUAGCAAGCGUCACGUAGCCUGAUAACGCUUCUCGAGGUUAUUUUUCUUAGGAUUAACGCUGGCUGCACGUUUUUUUUGGUAAUCACAGUCGACAGGAUCUGCAAUAUCGUCUAAGUGGAUCCUUUUAAUUUGUUUUUCUUUUUGUCACAGCGUUUGUCCAAUUGGCUGGAUUUUUGUAGUGUCGUACCAGUGUAGGAGCUAUUAUUUGGAAGAGGUUAUCAUUACAGCAUGUGGCCACGUUUGGGCAAACCACACAGUAUUCGAUGAAUUGUAUCAAGAAUUAUUUACUAUAGAAGUUUGACAACAUGUAAUGUUUUUAUUUUAUUCUUUGUGCAAUUUUAGCUAUCAUUUUAUGCAUGUGUCAGUUUUAAAAGCCUCCUUUUACAUUAUAUUUUAUUUACGUUUUUUUGAGUGGUGACUGCUUAUUUAAUACAUUCCGUCAGGGACAUGAUAUUAUGGGGAUAUUUAAAAAUAAUAAUUAUUUUCCGGUUUCUAAAUUGUGCAUCGUCCAUAUCAAGUUAAUUUAUCUGCACCAAAGACUUUUGAAAUCAUCUAUUUCUUUUAAUGAAUUUAAAAAUAAAGGUAGCAACAUUUUUUUUUUUUUUCAUAUACCUAAAUUAUAUUGUAGUAUAGUGGUGGGCUUUAAGAAAAAAGGUAUUAAGACUAAUGUUUUUAGCUUUGGGCAAGUAAUAAAUCUGUCAUUUAUCUUGAAUGUAUAAUAGAUAAGCUGCUAUAUAUCAGACGCCACUUUUGAUAGCUGUGAACUUAAGCUUCAUAUCCCAUUUAUACUUAGUCGCCUUACUUCUGUCCUGAGUCUAAUUAUAUAUGAAAAUGUAGUGGGGGGGUUUUCUGAUUUUUUUUUUUUUUAAAUUUAGUUUACUUUUAUGUUUGGCGUGUCCUUUGUAACUACUGUAUUGUAAAUUAUGAAUCCUAACUGCGUAUAUUAUUUUUGGGGUGUGUGUUUUAUGCAUCAGUAUUUUAUCUCCAUAAAUUUUUUGCGCUCAUUACUGCAUAUAAGUGGGUGUAUUAAUGUAAGUUAAUUUUUUUUAAUGUUUUCAUAUUGCUGUUGUGUGUAUACAUUUAAAAAAAAAAAAAGUACCUUUGCAGGCUUGAUUUUAACUUUUUAUAGUAGAAUUUUCUUUGAACCUAAUAUACAGAUAUAUAUACCGGUAAAUAUAUAAUAUACAGCCAUUGACUGGAAUAAUGAAAUGUUAUAGGUUAAAGGUAGAUUUGGGAAUUCAGCAUUUACGUUGUGUAAUCCAUUAACACCACUAUAUACAGCAUUUUCCCAACUAUCCAUAAACUCUCAUUAUUCUUUGCUCCGUUAACCCUUGUGGGUGCAGUCUGGAGGGUAGGUCAUAUUUGGAUGCCCCUAGCACCAGAUAGUGGUAACACAAGCAGUGUUUUAUUUAAUGAAUGUUUUAACAAAAAUGUGCCUAUAACAAGAUUUUAUAAACCUAUAUAAAAUAUCAUUAAAAUACAUCAGUGUUAAAAAUAAAAAAAUUAAAAAUGUAAGAAACAAAAACAAACUGGGAAAAAAUAAUCCAGCAUUACAAAAAAAUGUUUUGUUUUUUAAAUACUGGAGAUCAUUUUAUUUUUUUCUACACAAAAUCUCACUAUGCAUAACGUACAUUACUGUCUGAUCUGUUAUUUCUCUACAGUUCAACACGAUUGUCUAAUCACCUGACAUACAGAUGUUGCAGAUAUUGCAGAUUUGUUUUAGUUUGUAUCCGUUACACAUAAGUCACAUAGUACAGUUUGCUUUUACAGUACAUUAGAACAAGUGGCCUUUAGGCUGUUUGUCCUCCAUUCUGCACAUACAAUACCAUUUCUAUAGUCUCUCUUCGGGUGGAGGACAGAAGGAAACUCAAAGAUCGUUGAUCUCUAGGGAGUGAUAGCACUGCAUUAUGUCCUCUUACAGAGAACGGACAAAUGCGCAAUAUGAGGAUAAAGGGGGUAUGCAAUUAACCCCGAUCGUUUUGGAGCUGAUGAAUUCGCACCCCUAUGUAUUCAAUUGCGGCCCAUUUUUCGUCUGUUUUGAAAGCAUUUUCGCUAAUGCCUUUUCACUUUUUCUUUUUUUCUUUUUUUUACAUGAAAAGGCAUUGGCAAAAAAUGCCUUAAAAUCUGCAAAAAAUGGUCCACAUUUCGACGGAAAACACAUGGAUUCGCUGAUCCACGUGUUUUCCUUCCCUGACGCAUUUUUCGCCUAUGCGAGAAAACGGCCCUGCUAUUGCAUAGGGCAAAUCCCCAUUCGCCCUAAAAAUAGCAAUAAGCUCGUUUUUUUUCGCCUAUGUGAAAAAAAGGAGCUAAUUGCAUGCCCCCACAGCCUAGUUUGCGCGUCCGUGCUCUGCCAACGGUGUCCUGUAUCCUCAUCUCUCCAUAGUUGCCAACCCGCCUCUCUUCUAUAGUGUUCACUCUAGGAGUGAAAAGGGGCAGGGCGCCGGACUCCGGGGGCACAUUUGCGCGUGCGCCCGAAACGGGGGAGCGGCCACGCAAAUUAGGGGGCGUGGCCACGCCUACGUCAUUUUAGGGGGCGGUGCGGCCCACAGACGCUACUAUAGAGAGGGUCUGUGGCCGGCGACGUCACUGUUGGGGGCGUGCCCAGCACCUCCGUCGGUGCUGGGCUUCCCCCAGCUCUCUCCCAAUGCGUGAAUGGAUGCCGCGCGCAUGCGCACGGCAUCUAUACACGCCGGGAGGGCAGGAAGCGGGCGGCUGUUCUAGCAGGGCGCCGCAAAAGGGGCAGGGCGGGUUUUGCCUGCUAAAAAAGGGGCAGGGCGCGGCGCCCUGCUAAAACAGCCUAGAGUGAACACUAUCUUCUACUCACCUGUGCAUCUAAUGAUCCCCAUACAUCAGGCGUCCCAUUUCUAUGUUCCGCCGGCACCACCGUUUGGCGAUCAGUCUGGUAACCAGGGAAAUCAGACAUGUUAAAAAAUGCCUGGUUUGCCGUUCCCGACCGUUUUUGCUUAGGUUGCGGGAAUCGGGAUUUUUAAACAUGCUUUAAUAAUCCUGAUGCCCCAACCCAGCUGUCGGCGGAUAGGGACAUUUCCCCAAUACAUCUGUGAUGUAUGGGGCCCAUAACCCGUAACCUUAACCAGCUUCUUUUGGCUAUGUAGGAGUGGGACAGAUGUAUACACUUCUUUGUUAACGGUGUGAUUUGUCAGCUGACUUGAUGGGGUAUUCAAUUCAGUACGGUAUGCUGCUGCGACGUUCAGCUGCGCGCACAUUGCCGCUUAAUACGGCGGCCUAGCAUCACUAACUUCUCUGUGCACCUCUGUCGGUUGCGAGAAAUAAGUAGUGAUGUCACUGGCCAUGAAGCGCCAUCACCCGACCGUUCCGCAAGGCACUUUUCUGCCAUCGCUUUGAAUUGAAUUUCGCCAGCAACAUUUGCAGCAUCCAUAUUAGCUGGAUCACAGCAUCCUGCUGCUUGUGAGAUGGAAGGGGGUAUCAUCUGUUUACCUUAUAUAUAUGAGUGUCGCAGUGAGCCACCUUAUUGCCAUACUUGUAUAGCACUGAUAUGUAACAAUAAAUUUUUAACAACAACAGGGCCCAAACAGAGUGGUCUAAUGUUGGUAUGUAAUUGACAGAGUUCCCCGCUGAGGGCUGCCUUGUGCUGUUCUUGGCUGUAAGACUUGUUUGCUCUAAUGUAGCCUCAGGCCAGUCAGGAGUUUUGAUGCUGUCGUCGUAAUUGAGCCACUUAUUGGGGUUGGGGGGGGGGGGGGGGGUGUCUUAUCCACUGCUCCAAUGUCUCAUAGCAGGUGUCACAAGAAAUAUGUUGCCCAGUGCUUUGAAUAUCAAACUAGCUUCGAGUUGUAACGAUUGUUGGUGUUACCUUAUAUUGUGUCCAAGGAUUGUGAUUGUGUAAGAGUCAAUAGCCAGGUGCAAACGUGUCCUUGUGGGAUAAAACCGUGAAAUGACAGGUUUUUAACACUGCAGGCACGUAAGAGGAACGGUCAUGAAAAGCAAAGUAACUUCUGACACUCUGCCAUGUAUCGGUGACAGGCGGAGGCUACGCAGAAGUGACUAAGCCCCUGUGCGUCUAUUUAUAUAUUGAACCUCAGCCGUCAAUCACUGCUUGAGUAUUUAUAACCUGGCUAAACUGUAUAUAUGUAUAAUUUGUAUAGCUCUAACAAUGUACACAGCACUUUACACAUUUUUAAAGCUGGAUUAAAGCCGAAGGAGCAACCGUAAAGGAAGGAGUGUCACUAACAAAACUGAGCCAAUAUAUAACAUGUACUCAGUAGUCAUGCUUGGUUUUUCAUGACUGUCCUCUUAUGUGCUGAAGGUCAAGGGAACCACAAGCUGUCAGCGAUCACAAUUCCAUGUUGAACCUGCCCUUUUUAGCCUGUUAAUCCACCUUUAAUUAAAGCGCUGUAACAGUCUUGGCAGAAACGUUCUUUAGUUCCAUUAAAAGGUCAUUAACAGUUGGCGAUGGGAAACAACAGGCGGUGUUUCAGCAGUAGUCUGCAGUGCUGGUGGGAAACCGAAGUGCAGCAUGUUACGGAGAAGGUGGCCUGCUAAAUAACUUUAUUUACAAAGCUCGCCACUUCCUGGUGGGUUGGAGGUGAACGUUUAAAACGGCACUCAGUCAGUGUAAAGCCUGGUGUGCUUUACACGGACUGUGAGUGCCGGUUUAAAUUUUCACCUCCAACCCACCAGGAAGUGGCGAGCUAAGAUGGCUCUUCAUAAAUUAAGCCUGUAAUAUUCAUAGGGUUCCAAUGGAUUGGGUUUGGAAUGCCGGCAGUCAGAAUAUCGACAGAUUGUGAGAAUACUAACCUUCCCCCAAUUCCCCCCUAAUCCUCACUUCCUGCAGCCUAAACACCCCCCCAGCAGCCUAACCAUUACCCUCCCCUGUGGUGCCUAAACCUAACUUCCUCACCCUUUCCGCAGCCUACCACACACACCCUUUCUGCAGCCUAACACCCCCCCACCCCUGCAGCCUAACAAUAACCAUCCCUCCUAAGCCUAACCCCCCCCCCCCCCCCUGCAGUUUACCCCCCUUUCUACAGCAUAACCCUGACCUCCCAAGUAGCCCCCUCUCCUUGCAGCCUAACACUAACCAUCCUCCAGCAGCUUAAACUGAGCUCCUCCCCACCCCCGCAGCCUAACCAUAACCCUCCCCAGUAGUGCCUAAACCUAGCUGCCCCCUUUCCACAGCCUAAACACCCCCUUUAUGCAGCCUAACCCCCUACCUGCAGCCUAACCAUCCCUCCAAAGCCUAACCUAACUCCACACCCCCCCCCCCCCACACACACGCAUACAAACCCUGCAGCUCCCCCCCCCUUUCCGCAGCAUAACCCUCACCCCCCAAGCAGCUCACCUCUCCUUGCAGCCUAACCAUAACCCUCCCCGGUGGUGCCUAAACCUAACUGCCCCCUUUCCGCAGCCUAACACCCCCCUCCCCCCUUAUGCAGCCUAACCAUCCCUCCACAGCCUAAACCUAACUCCAUCUUCCCUGCAGCCUAAACCUAUCUUCCCCCGGCUUACCUCUUCGGCAACCUCACAGUGUCUCGUUCUGAAUCCCAGGUGUCGGGAUUCCUUCAACUGUAAUUAGACUGCCAGGAUCCCACCCUAAUUCCGUUCCAACGAUAACGUAAGAUUCUUGUGUGGACUGCUAAAGUGGUGGUCUCCCAGGCAAUGCCUAAUUGUGUUGCUGGUUUCACUGGUGUUCUGUUGAACAGUUAAGUUAUUGUGUUUCCAUUGUUAAUGCAGCAGACCUACCCUAUCAUGGUACACAGCCCACACAGUAUUUAGUACUACAUAUUGCAGAGCUGCACAUAGAAUCUGAUGGCAGACACGUUUUCAAGGAGAUAGAUGGAAGCAGUGGAUAUGGGUGGGGAUGGUAGAAGGGGGUCGCUCUUCGGUCAGGGGCUGUUUAAUGGUUUCUGAGCACAGCCAGUAAGGAGAAAGGAAUAUCCCGCUAUGGUUAGAAUGUAUAUUCAUGCAGUCUUGCAGAUAAUCCAAAUAAGGAGGUCCUGUAAGUGACGUAGAUGUACCCGUCAUCUGCACACAGCUGAGGCAGCAAGUGACUCCACUUUGAGAGCCCUUUUCCUCAGUGGUGUCACUGUUAAUUGUUAGGCUUCAUUCUCGCCAGUAUUGUCUUAGCCAACAAAUGCCACCUCCACUGUGAGCAGGUGACUGUGUGCUCUUGAGCUGUUUUUGGCUAAUCUGGUCCUUGGGGUCCGCUAACAGUGCAUGCAUUCCAUAUCUCCUAGCUGGAGCACAUUGUAAGAGAUCUGCAGGUGGCGGUGGUUAUUAUACUUGUGAUCCUGUGAGGAGACCUGGAACACGUGCACUAUGACCCCUCACCCAGGACAGAUAUGAGAGACUCUGCUCUAGAACACUUUUUUCAUGCCAUCAUUAUGCACAAAAUAAUUGUUAAACAAAAUAAUUUAUAUUAUACAGUAUAUGGAAAGCACACUAGCACUGUGUUGUGCAUUACUACCAUUCAUCCCUUGUAAUUCCAUUUACCACCACUGUGUGGCAUUAUCCUAAAGAAAAAAACAGGCAGAGUAUUGCCCUUUCUUUUUCAUCCACUAGGGGUCACUGGAGUACUCUUGGGAUAUGGACGGCUUUAGCAGAACAGGCACAGAAAAAAAAAUCCUAUUUUCAUGAGUGUAGUCAGUCAAGGCCAUGGGCCAGAGAAUACACAUGGGUACUUAUGUGGAGGGUGGACUGUGGUGCUAAUGGUGCAUUAAAUGCGCUGUGGCUGCUCAGAAAGUUAGGGCCCAUAUAACUAGUUGGCCAACACUUUUUGUUGCUGUGAAUGCAGAGUAUUCUAUGGAUCCGUGAAGCAAAGCAGCCACAGACAACCCUUCAUCACGCUUAGGGGCGCAGUGUACAACAUGACUGCUAGAGGCUUUAGUGGAACCUAAUUUUCUGAGCAUUCUCUGCAUUUUCAAAGCACCGCAGCAGCCAGAGACCAGGAGAGGAUGAGAACUGUAAUGUAUUACUGUAGACAGAGCAAUGAUUAUUUCUUACAUAUCUGACUAAUAUUGUAAUGAGAUGGGGAAACAAUAAUAGCCCUUACACUGCAGUAAGUUAUCCUACAUAGAAAAGAAGGUAAAGUUAUUACUUUUUUUUUAAUUUUUUUAUACUUGAUCGGAAAGAGCUAUGUGAUAGCACAUUGGUGUUUUAUCUAUAAUCCUUCAUGGUCUAAACAGGUGUCUGCUUCUCAUCUGGCACUGAAGAGCUUACAUUCUAAAUGUGGCAACUGGGUCGCCUUUGUGCAGUCAGAAAUCAGGGCCAGUGUAAGUGCAUAUAGAUAUAUUUGCGCUGGAACUUGUAGUUGUGCCAUGGGUCUGCGAUAUCCCUUCAUUUAUAAUUGUCCACUGUUUAUCUGCCCCUUUAAAAGCUGAAGAAAAUAAAUGCUGGAAAUGUGUUUCUUCUGGUUUGUAAAAGUCCAGGUUUAAAAAUAAUUAUAUAUAUAUAUGUGUGUGUGUAUGUAUGUGUGUAUAUAUAUAUAUAUAUAUAUAUAUAUAUAUAUAUAUAUAUAUAUAUAAAUAAUUUUUAUUUAUUUUUUCUCCCAGCUAAUUAGCUGACAUUUUUGCCACUCUUUAGCAUUGGAAGCCACACCCACCUUAAUUAACCAAAUAUUUAUUUCCCUACAGUGGAACCCCAAAUAUACCCUGAUGAGUGACCCUGUGUGGCAAAUGGUUUACAUGAGUAAUAGGGAAAGGUCACACUGCAUUGGGGGCAAUGAUGGUGCUUGGGCUACGUUACUCCUUCAUACGUUCUCUUCAAAUCGUAUUAUUUCCUUUUAUUGUUUUUAGUAUACCCCAUCCCCUCUUUUAAAUAAAACACUGAGUGACCGCAGAGGUGCUUCAUCAUAAACGAUUUACUAUUUAUUUUCUACAAGUUCAUUUGUAUUUAGAUAUUAACUCAUUCAGGGUGUUACUAAGUAUGCUACUGUACUAACUGAUUUGGUUUUGGUUUUUAAUUAACUGUAUUUACUGCUAUACUUGUGAUUUUUUGGCUUGCAUCAAGUAAAAGUUAUUUCAUACUGCAGGUUGUAGGACUGUUUGUGUAGAAAUCCAGCUUUAUUUUAUUUAAUUACAGAGUUUGACAAAUUGUAGUUUUGUUGCUGUCAGUUUUUAUUUUUUAAUCAUUUGUUUUCAUUUUCUUUUCUUUUUUUAUUGUUGGGCUUUUUUGAUUUUUAUGCUACACUAGUUUGCCAUGUAGCAAUUGCACUGUGCAAUAUUUUAAUAUGAGGACUGGGAAACAUUUAUAUGGAUGUAUGUCUCGUUACAGUUUGCGAUAGUAUUUCUCUCUAGUUCUCAGUGAUUUUUCAAUGUGACCAAGGCUUCUGUACUUUGUCACAAAAAGCGGGUUUUCCAGGUAACUAUUUUGGUGAGUGUCAAAAAUAUGAAUUUAUGGUGUAUUAUUGUCUAAAUUCACUUUGAAUUAAAAUAUAUAUUGCAGCAA